GAUGAAAAAACUGAAGAAGACGAAGAAGAAGAAGAAGAAGGGGAAGUGGUUCGACACAGCUAGCUUGUGUUAGAUUUCAAAACAAAUCUGAUUUGUAUUUUUAUGGGCGGAAAAGAAAGAAAAAACAGUGUGCAUAACAUGAAAGUUUUAAAGCUAAACUGAAAGCUCUUUGCUUCUGCUGUAUUUGUCUGCUUGCUGUAAUUAGACACGAACUGAAUAUCUUGCCAGUCAUCCAUCUAGCUCUACGUGCUAGCUGUUUUAGCUCAGUUGUCAGCGGCUUGUUUUGUUCUGUGUUAAGUGGCAGCCCCAGUUAUAACACAUGAGUGUGUCACUGGUCGUUAUUCGUCUGGAGUUAGCCGACCAGUCACCUUUUCCACAAGGUUUCCAGUACUGCGCUGUUGAAGGCAUGUCAGAGGAGGAGCUACAGGAGAAAGCUCUGGGUUUAGCCAAACACAGUCUGAGUGGAAAAACCGACCUGGAAAGAUCAGCUGUGCUGCACCAGCACAUCGGCAGCAGAGCCAUGGGGGACAUGGUGAUAGAGACCUUUGAGCCCAACCCAAACACAGGUGGACGUGAGGAGCGAAACAGUGAAGUUCAGGAUGCAAAGACUGGUGUAGACAGUCAGGAGGGUGCAGAGGACAGGAGGUUUGUGACAGGCACAGCUCCGGACUCACCCUCCAAGCAGCUGCCGGACCAGAUCUCUUUCUUCAGCGGGAACCCCUCAGUGGAGAUCAUUCACGGUAUCAUGCACCUCUACAAGACCAACAAAAUGACAUCACUGACUGAAGAUGUCAGGCGUAGCGCUAUGGUGUGCAUCAUCACCGUCCCUGCGACCAUGACCAGCCAUGACCUUAUGAAGCUCAUGGCUCCUUUUAAUGAUGUCAUGGAGCACAUGAAGAUCAUACGGGACUCUACCCCUAACCAAUACAUGGUUCUCAUUAAAUUCUGCAAACAGGCAGACGCAGACAGUUUUUACACAGCAUGCAAUGGCCGCCAGUUCAACUCUAUAGAGGAAGCAGUGUGCCAGCUGGUCUAUGUGGAGCGAGCAGAGGUCAUCAAGUCUGAAGAAGGAGCCAGUCUUCCAGUGAUGGAGCUGACUGAGUUGCCCAAGUGCACUGUGUGCCUGGAGAGAAUGGACGAGUCUGUUAAUGGCAUCCUGACCACUCUGUGCAACCACAGCUUUCAUAGCCAGUGUCUUCAGCGCUGGGAAGAUGCCUCGUGUCCUGUAUGUAGGUACUGUCAAACACCAGAACCAGUUGAAGAGAACAAAUGCUUUGAAUGUGGAGUGCAGGAGAAUCUGUGGAUAUGCUUGAUCUGCGGCCAUAUUGGAUGUGGUCGCUACGUUAGCCGCCAUGCCUACAAGCACUUUGAAGAAACACAGCAUACCUACGCUAUGCAGCUCACCAAUCACAGAGUCUGGGACUACGCAGGAGAUAACUAUGUACACCGGCUUGUGGCCAGUAAGACUGAUGGGAAGAUGGUGCAGUAUGAGUGUGAGGGGGACACCUGCCACGCAGAGAAAAUUGAUGCACUCCAGCUAGAGUACUCAUACCUGCUGACAAGUCAGCUCGAGUCUCAAAGGAUUUACUGGGAGAAUAAGAUUGUUCAUCUGGAGAAGGAGACAGCUGAAGAGAUAAACAACAUGAAAGCGAAAUUUAAGGAGACAUUGGAGCGCUGUGAUAACCUAGAGCGACGGUUAGGAGAAAUGACCAAAGACAAACAGAGCAUAGAGAAAAACUACUUUUCCCAGAACUCUAGGAGAUUCAAGUGGGUGUUUCCAGGCAAUGGCAGGAUACAUAACAGAUGCACUCAGUUGAACAGUCGAGUGGUGAAGCUGAGCCAAGAGCUGAAGGAGGAGCAGGAGAUGAACCGCUGUCUGAGAGCCAAUCAGGCACAGCUGCAGGUACAGCUGGCAGAGGAGGAACGCAAAGCAAAAGAAAGCGAAGAUCGUAAAGAUGGAACAAUAGCAGAACUGCAGGAACAGCUGAGAGACGUGAUGUUUUAUCUGGAGACCCAGCAGCAGAUUGAACAUCUUCCACCAGAGGCUCGCAGCGAAAUUCAAGAGGGACAGAUCAACAUCCCAGCCAGCCCAUCUGAUGGCGCUCUGGGUUCGGCGGGAGCAGGCCCCUCCUCUGGCAGGGGCAGAAGAGGCCGAGGCAGGAAGAGGAAGUAGGCAUGGCCUAAAGUCAACUGGAACAUGCUAGAAACUGUGUUGCUGCCUCUCACUGUGGACAUGUUUGUGACUGAGCCCAGCCCUUUAUUCAACGUGUAUCUGCAUUAUUGUAAUUGUCCAUAGGGCAGGAAGAAGGAGUAAAUGUUGAUAAUAUUUACCUGCACAUUUUCCUAGCAUAACUCCUGGCUCCUACAAGAAGAGCAUAAGAGAGGAUCGCUCAGUCACUCAAAACAUCAGUGUGAUUCUCUUUCCAAAACUUAAGAGUAUAUAUUUUGAUCAUAAUUUAUAUUUAUUUGAUCAGAAAUAUUUAAUCUGUGCCCAGGUAGUACCAUAUUAUAGUACUUCUUUUCAAACACUGCGCGAUGCUUUUAUUAUUUUAAAAUGCAAAGAUGGUUCUUUUACAAGUGAGAGUAGAAUCAAGGAAAUUUAUGUCCACAUUUUCUGAGUUUUUCCUUAAUUUCUUUGGACUUGGCUGUUUCAUCUGUUAUGUUCCUUUGUUUUGUUUUUCUUUUUGUUCUUCCAUUUUCAGUAGAAACACUCGUCUGAGAACAUGGAGGACAAAAUGCCUUUUUCAGCAGUGCAUUGUAUUGGGACAGGAGUCAGUAUUCACAGAAUGCACAGUAUUUUUGUAUGAGGAGCCUUCCAUCAAUCUGUAUUGUCCCAGUAUCCCUUAUUUUCCAGCUAAUUUCCUGGAAAUCUUUCUCAGAAUUUCUCCCAUAAUAUUCCCAAGACUGUAGUUAUUGACUCUAAAACUACAGUCUAAUACGAUUUUUUUUAAUUUACCCUUUAAAACUCUUAAUAUUACUGGCUGCUAUUCUAUUCUUCCAUUUAAAGAUGAUUUUAAAUUACAAACACUGUGCCCCAUUUGAUGACAUUGACCUUUGGCUCUAAGACAUUAUGAUAAGCAUCUGUAUUAUUAUGCCAUAUAAACAUUAAGAUAUUCCGAGAAAUGAUUAAAAUAACCAGGGUAUAUUAGUUGUAUCCUGGUUAUCUGUCACAUACAAUACCGUUGCAUACAAUACUGUGAUCCUUAGAGCUUGUUUAGAAAAACGCCAGAAGCAUCUGUGACCUUUACAGUUACAAUCUUGAACAUGGUGUCAUAACCUAGAUGAUAAAAUUAGUGACUCAGCUCCCUCCUUGAAUACUAAGAUUCUUUUUUUCCCUUGCAAAAUGUUCACAAUAAAGCUUUAGAUGAAUCCCUAAGGCCUUAAUUAAAAACUGGUGCAGAAAGCACACAUUGAUUUUUAUAAACAGCCACUCAAAAGAUCAUUUCUAUGCAAAAGAUUCUUUACAGCCUCCUAAAAGGAACAGUUUAAUAAUUUCAGAAAUGUGAGAUUUGCUGUCAGUUAUUUGAGAUGAUAACUGUGACUCCAUUAUCUGUCAAGAUAUUUCACACAUAUAGCCAGUGACGGCCACGAGUAUACUAUACGAGUAUAGUAUCGCUCUCGACAGUUAAAUGAAAAGAUGUUUUUCCACAGUGAUCAUCAAGAGAAAAGCUGGAAUGUACCUGUAGCGACUGCUUUCAGAGAAGAGAUGAAGAGGUGUUUUUUCAGCCAUAGAAGCUUUCAUUUAUAAACAAAAUACGGCAAAUCAUGCUCCUGGAAACAUCAGUUCAUGCUGGGGUUUUGUUUGUUUGUUUGUUUUCUUGCCAUGAAAGUGUUCAGUUUUUCGUUGUUAACACUAAAACUGUGCUGCCACUUUCAAUAAAACAUUUUCUGAAGUUUU